GACUUACGAACUCUACUGCACUGCCGGAAAACGUGAGUUAAAAGGGCAGCUCUCAGGGUGCCAUCUUUCAAAAGUCCACUUGACGAUACAAUGAAGAACUAUACACGAUAUGGCUGAUCAUCUUACAUAUCCUACUGGGCUGCUCUGUAGCUGAAGCGGUUUUCAACAUUCUGUACGGUAUAAAAGCCGAACUCCACUCACAAGAUGCGCUAUGCAUCCUUGCCUCACGUUUCGUGUCGGUCUCUAUCAUGGUCUGGUUAACAAUUAUGUUUCAUUAAGUGAUCCUUGCAUGGGUGACGUUGGCUUGGUCGAUAAUUACUUUAUGCUGGGUCACUACUCUACUCAUCUCCUUCAACCGGCCUCACUCUACCAGCCCCCUGUGCAAAGUCAAAGUGCACUGGGUCUCUCUUCUCGUAUCGGCUUUUACAUGGGCAGCACUAGCCAUAGUAAUCUACGCGUACACUGGAGCAAUCAAUGUUUGUUCGAGUUCAGACCGAUUGCAAUGCGGGGCCCCAGUAGCGAUGGCCAUUUUCGCAACCUUCCUUUGUGCACAAUCGAUUACUCUGGGAACUGUUACCUUCGCCCGUGGCAAGAGAAUGGGCAUUAGCGAUAACGUUGCAGCCCUAGGCUAACCUAAACACUCUGAACAAUCUGUUCGAGUCUGACAAUCAGUAUUCCUCGUGCCCAGCUGUGUUCUGUAGACUUGUUGUUCCAAUAUUAUCGCUCCGCAGGAGUGUGUACUCCACAAAAUACUUUCAUCGGCCGCCAACUGUCAGUCACAGACCGAAUCAGAAGGUCACCACGCGAUGCAAUUGCCGAUAGUUCCGGGUCGAUUGUUGUAGGACAAAUAGCUUUCUCGCCUGUGAAGAAACAUGAUGUCUUGUGUAGCCUUGGUGCUUGACUCAACCCGCAGUCCUCCGUGAUUAAAUCUCCAUAUUAUAG